AUGUCAAGUAAAUCAAUAGUAGAACAGUUUGGUGUUGAUAAAAUUUCAGAUUCUGAAUACAAGAGUAAAUCACCAUUGAUCUUACCAUUUCCAAAAGCAAGAGGAGUAUAUGGUGGAAAUUUAGUUGGUCAAGCAUUAUUAGUAGCUAUAAAAUCAUGUCCAAAUACUAGUUUUAAACCACAUUCUUUACAUUCAUAUUUUAUUACUGCAUGUAAUAAUAAAGAUUUGGUAACUUAUAAAAUUGAAAAUUUAUCAAAUGGUAGAUCAUUUAUAAAUAAGCAGAUAAGAGCAUUACAAAAUGAUACAUUAGUAUAUAUUGCAAAUGUAUCUUUGACAAACAAGUUUAAAAAAGGAUUUAAAUUUGAAUCAGUGCAACAAUCGAAAGAAAAAAUCAAAGAUAUUCCAAUUUCAACAGUUGAUUCACAUUUAAAUAUAUAUUAUAAAUUUCCAAAGAAGUUUGUCAAAUUAGAUGAAACAAAAUACGAAGAAGAUCAAAAAGUAACAGAAAGAAAACUUAGUUUUUAUUCAAAAUUUGGAAAAGAUAGAGAUAUUACCAAUGAUGAAGAAGGUUGUUUAAAAUAUUUAGCAAUUACUAAUUUAGCAGAUAGUGGAUAUUUAACCUCCCUAACUAGAUUAUUAAGAAUUGAAGACUUUCCAAUAAACAAUCAUCGUUAUUUAUAUUUCCUUGUUAGUAUGGAUCAUACAAUGUACUUUCAUGAUGAUGAUUUUGAUAUAAAUGAAUGGAUCAAUAUUCAAUUUCAUUCAGUCAAUUUUAAUCAUGAUAGAAUAGUAUUUGAAGGAGAAUUAUUUAAUGAAAAAGGUACACAUAUAGCUACUUAUGUACAAGAAGGGUUAAUCAAAUUAAAUCAAUUAGAAGAAAAGGCUAAAUUAUAG